AUGGAAGUUAGCGAUCCCUCCAAAACCCUCGGCCAAUCCACAACACCCAUCACCCUACAACCCAUCAUCCAAGACCUCGUGCGCACUCGCUUCGCCGUCCCCGGAUCCAUCUUCCUCGUCGAACAUGUGCAAAUCACGCCUCUCACCGAAACCGGUCGCUGGCAAGUCAUCCGUCUGCUCCUCGGCGACGGCGACCUCUGCAUCCAGGCUAUUCUGGGAGACGCGAUGCACCGGUUUGUGCACUCGCAGGAAAUCGCAGUCGGUAGCUACGUGUGCGUGCAAGACUCCCAGCUGCGGCUGAGGAACACCGGCUCGGGAGAAGACGACGUGAAGCAAAUGGUUUACUUGGUAGUCUUGGACUUGAAGACCAUUGGAUGGAAUGACAAAGUGCGGCGAAUGCACGCUCAGCAACGGGAUCAUGCUGUGGACAAACGUGACCCUGAGUUUGUCGACAAAGGAAAGUCGCCCAUCAGACCAUUAGCUUCUACGCCUGAAGCAUCGACACCCAGCACACCUACGAAGCCUGCCUCUCUACGAAGCAGCCAAAGACGGAGAGAUAAGGAGGACUUUGAAGAGGACGACAUGGAAGAUGCAUUUGAAGAAUUCGAGGCCCUCACUUUCCCCGUCAAGAAGACACAAGCACAGCAACCACGACAAUCACCAUCCAAACCCACCGGACACAAGACUUCCACCAAGCCGUCUCUGCCAAUCGCCCUUCCCAAAGAUUGGCAUGACCUCCAAACACCACUCAAACUGACCACCUUGCGCGCGAUCCCGAAUCUGCCCUACCGCCAAAACUGGACGUGCAAUGUGCUCGCCAUCAUCGCACAUCUAUCCCCUGUUGAAUCGUCCACCUUACCCCCAUACCAGCAGCGCACUGCCCGCAUAACUGAUCCCUCGACCGCAAAACAGGUUCAUCUGACUGUGUUUUUGGACCCGGCCGAGUUCGCUCCCAAGGUUGGCAGCGCCGUGCUGUUGACUGGUGUUAAGAAUCACAGAUUUGACGGGGGCAGCUUGAAAAAGUAUGCCAGCGAUAGAGGCUUGGGGAAGUGGUGGUUUGAGGACCCCUGGGACUUGGCGUGGUGUGAUGUGAGAGGCAUCAAGGAUUGGUGGGCCGAGAUGGAAGCCUAUUUUGCCAGUCAAAUGUCUGAGGAGGUCAUUGGUGAGGAGAGCUGA